AUUCUUAUUAUUUCUGUUUAUCAAUGUUCCAAUAGCAUUAACCUUAAAACUUAAAAAAUAACAAGUGUAAGCAUGGCUGAAACAAAACAGUUUUUUUCUAAUGCUACGCAACGAUUAUUUAGUAACUGGACAGCACUGCGGAUGGCUGUUGAACAUGGACAUGGAUCUCAAGACAAUGCCAGUGAAUUAAUAACUUACAUCACCAAUUUCAUUUACGACAAUGAGGACCUAUCGACCGAUGAAGUGGCUGAUGAACUAGCUGAUUACAUGUCUGAUGAAUUUAACCUCUCACUGGAAGAUGAUAGUGAAAAACAAAUUGCCAGCAAGUUGUUGGAGCUUUAUCAGUGUUGCUGCCAAAAUAUUGAACUAGCCCAGUCAACUGUAGAUAAAUUGCCAGAUUUAAAGCCGUGGAUUUUGUCACGAGAAGAAGUCCUAAUUCAAAGAAACCUAUCGCACAAUAGUAGCACAGUUGAACAAAAAAUGGAAACCGAUGAAGCUAGUGUUGCUGCAGGCAGUGACGAUGAAUGGACUACAGUUUCGAGGCGGAAAAAUGCCAGUAACACGGGUAAAUUCUAGUCCAACAUGAGCCGCAUAGUCAACAGCUAAUCCAGCGCACAUUAGUAUUAUAAUACUCGAUGAAAUUUCGACAGUCAAUCCUAAAUAAUACAAUGAUCCCAAUAGGUC